UGUCCAGCUGUCAUUGGUGCUUGUCUGGUUGUGUUGUCUCUUUAGGAUGAGUUUUAAUAUCCGAAAUCUAUGAAGUUUUCUAUAACUCACCUAAAGCAACUUGGAAAGUAUGACCACUUAUAAAGUUGUGUGUAAAUGUGGCACUUGUACAUAAUUAAAUUAAGGAAUUCUUUAAUUACUCGUAGAAGCAUUUUAAGAACGAUGAGAGCUACCGGCUUCAGAAUUUCCUUAUGUAUAAUAGCUUGCGUAUUAGUGGCUUCGGUUUCAUGUGAUGAUACUUCGAAACCUUAUGAAAAGAAGUCCAAAUCUGUAACUUCUUUUGUAAGUGCAAAAUGGGAAGCUACUCCAAUAGUCCUGGAGCUCGCGGAAUAUCUGGCAGGCGAAAGUACAGACCUGUUCUGGUCAUUCUUCGAUGGGAUAAAUUCAUUAAAAACUAGCCUGGACACCCUCGAAACUGACAAGCAGGUGUAUGAUGCUUGUAUUGGUGUUGCCAGUUCACUGCUGGCACCAGCACAGCUGCGGAUGGCCAAACUGGCUCUCUCAAUGCAUCUCACUUCACCUACUGUCAGAAUGUUUGAUCAGAUUGCCACACAAAGUGGAGCAAAAGAGGUUGCAUGUGAUACGUUUGUGUCAAUAGCUUCAAGGAAAAUAUGUGAUAAUGAUGCUUUAAGAGAUGUUCUGAAGUCCUACAACCAGUAUGAUGUGGAAGAGCAUAAGUUGGAGACAUAUCUGUUAGACCACUCAUAUCCAAGCAGUGACAAUAAGAGCCUCACUGCCAUAUUGUAUGGAGAGCUUGGAAUGAAAGACUUCACUGCAAAGCACAAGAUACUCUCUGGAUAUGCAGACUCAGGUGCCAUCAACUAUGUAGUGCGGUGGAAUGUUAAGCCCCGAGGCAAGCCGAAAUUACGUCUAUCAGGCUAUGGCGUGGAAUUACAACUGAAAAGCACAGAGUAUAAGAGUCAGGAUGACUCUACACCAAAAGAAGCUGAUGAUGGAGACACAAAUGCUCAAUUGUCUGAGGAAGAAGACGAGAAUGAUCCACAGAACCAAAUUGAUGGAUUUAAUUUUGGAAGGCUCAAGAAUUUGUUCCCUGGUCUGCGAUCACCUCUGGAACGUUUCCGCCGACACUUAUCUGAGUCUAACGAGGAGCUGGCUCCUCUAAAAGUGUGGCAGAUGCAAGCUCUGAGCAUGCAGGCCGCAGUGGCCGUUGUCGAUGCCAACGACGCUGGAGGGGACGAGUCGCUCAAAGUGCUCACGUCCAUUGCUCAAAACUUUCCUAUGCAGACUAAAUCCCUUAUCCACGUGAAUGUCCCUCGUUCUUUCCGAGAAGAGGUAUUAUACAAUCAAGACCUUUGGGCGUCUUCCUUGGGUCUACGUCCAGCUGAACCACUGCUACUCGUGUCGGGUGCGCAGUAUGACGCCGAGGAAGUCGAUGUGAUGGCGUUGUUAGCCGCCCUCAAGGAAGAUAUUGGACCCAUGAAUACAUUACAUGCACUUGGUUUGUCCAAAAAGCUGAUUAAUAAGCUUAUGUCUCUGGAGCUUGGUGAGACGUACACAUGGGAGGAGUACGGUCUGGACAUCCGCGACACGUCCAUCACGUGGCUGAACGACUUGGAGUCAGAUGAGCGCUAUAGACGCUGGCCCUCCUCUUAUAUGGAACUACUGCGGCCUACUUACCCAGGCAUGCUGAGGAACUUGAGGAGAAAUAUUUACAAUUACGUCAUAGUGGUGGACCCGACGUCCGUCGUAUCUGGGCCGCCUCUAAAGCUGGGUGAGACACUUCUCAAGCAUGCGACCCCGGUACGUGUGGGUCUCGUACUCGCGCCCAGCUCUGACAACCCCGCCCUCGAGGCCGCCGUACGGUCUGCCUUCAACUACGUGGCGCAAGAAAAGAACUCUAACAAGGAAGCUUACUAUUUCCUCACACAGCUGUUGAACCCGCCUCAAGACGAAAAGCUGUCGAUAGAAUUUGUGAAGAAACAACUGAACAAGUACAUAAGUUUCAAAUCUGAUAUCGAUGAGAUUCUCUCUGAGGACUCUGAGUAUAACUUUGGAAGGCAACUGUCUGAUGAGUUUGUUUCGAAAAUUGGCACCAACAAGUAUCCUCAGGUACUAAUAAACGGCGUACCACUAGUCGAGGAAGGCAACUCGCCAGUCACAGGAUCGGUAGAAUUGCUCGAAGAGGCGCUGGUAACUGCGCUGUCACGUCACACGGGCCGCCUGCAGCGCGCCGUCUUCAGAGGCGAGCUGUCCGACUCGGACGAUGCUCUCGACUACCUGAUGAAGCAGCCGCAUAUUAUGCCCAGACUGAACCGCCGAAUUUUGGGUUCAGAACCAUCACAGUACUUGGAUUUGACAGGAGUUCCAUCUUCCAACGACUUAUUUGCUGAAGAUAAAAUACAUAAACUUAUGCAUUUAACAGGACGAGACGCGCUGGCAACUGCAUUACCAUUGCUGAAAUAUUUCACAAAAUCUGGCAAGGUUGAGAAGUACACUCAAACUAUUUGGGUAGCCGGCGAUCUUAACAAUAAGGAGUCCAGGGACCUACUGAAGAAUGCUUUGGCCUUCAUGAAAGACUCUCGUGGUGUGCGCGUGGCGUUUAUUCCGAACGUGGACGGUUCGUCCAAUGUGGAUCAAUCUCUGAAUAAAGUGGCGUUGGCGGCUCUCACCACACUGGGACCAGCUGAGGCCACGGCCUACAUGACGAAGCUGUUGGAUGAUGAGGGCUGCCAUGAGACACAGACCUGCGAUAUAUUGCCGGAGAUGGUCCCGGCACUGAACAAGUACGAGUGGGUGCUGAAGGCGUCCCGCGUGCUGUGCGCGCGCAGCCUGCGCCUGCGAGCCGCCGCCCGCGCACUCGUCUACAACGCACGCCUCAUCGGCCCGCUGCAUCAGCAUGAACAGUUCACGCUUGACGAUUUUCAACUGCUCGAGAGGUACAGCAACCAAAUGUACGCUGACAAGCUAUCAGAAGCACUGGACAGCAAGAAGAAGUCGAAAGAUUUAGAUAACGAAGACGAUGAUGAUGACGUGGACAGCAAGCAGCUGGACAGCUCGGAGCGGCUGAAGGUGGUGAGCGUGGUGGCGGCGCGCAGCCCGCGCGUGCGCACGGCGCUGCCGCCGGGGCUCCGCACCGAGCACUCGCUCGUAGACCUGCCGCCGCUCAGGGACGACGAGGCCGCUGUCGAGAUAGUAGCAGUGCUAGACCCGGCGUCGACGGCGGCGCAGCGCCUAGCGCCGCUGCUGCUGGUGCUGCGGCGCGUCGUCAACUGCCGCAUCAAGCUGUUCCUCAACCCGCAGGACAAGAACUCCGACAUGCCGCUCAAGAGUUUCUACCGCUACGUGUUGGAGCCGGAGCUACAGUUCACAGCUCAAGGUGCGGCUACUGGCGGGGCGCUGGCGCGGUUCGCGCGGCUGCCGCACGCGCCGCUGCUGAGCAUGGAGCUGCGGACGCCGCCCAACUGGCUCGUCGAGUGCGUCAAGUCCGUAUACGACCUCGACAAUAUACGCCUGGCUGAUGUCGACACGCUAGUACAUAGCGAAUUCGAGCUAGAAUACCUCCUCCUAGAAGGCCACGCGUGGGACACGACGCUGGGCACGCCGCCGCGUGGUCUGCAAUUAGUGCUGGGCACCCGCGACCGCCCCGAGCGCAUGGACACCAUCGUCAUGGCCAACCUCGGCUACUUCCAGCUCAAGGCCAACCCGGGGGCAUGGCUGCUCAGGCUCAGGCCUGGAAGAUCUGAUGAUAUCUAUGAGAUUGUUGGCCACGAAAAUACAGACACCCCAGCAGACAGCGAAGAUAUCCAGGUGCUAAUGAGUUCGUUCCGAAGCCACGUGAUCAAGCUGCGAGUCAGCAAGAAGCCCGACAAGCAACACCUUGACCUGCUCGUCGAGAACGAUGACAAGAACGCUGGCGGGAUUUGGAACUCUAUUGCUAGUUCGUUCGGCGGUGGAGAGGAGCUAGAGGCACAAGACGAGACCAUCAACGUGUUCUCGGUGGCGUCGGGACAUCUGUACGAGCGCUUCCUACGCAUCAUGAUGUUGUCUGUGCUCAAGCAUACCAAGUCACCCGUCAAGUUCUGGUUUCUUAAGAACUAUCUUAGUCCUUCUCUAAAGGACAUCCUGCCAUACAUGGCGCAAGAGUACGGGUUCGAGUACGAGCUGGUGCAGUACCAGUGGCCGCGGUGGCUGCAGCGGCAGCGCGACCGCCAGCGCACCAUCUGGGGGUACAAGAUACUGUUCCUCGACGUGCUGUUCCCGCUGCACGUCAAGAAGAUCAUAUUCGUUGAUGCUGAUCAGAUCGUUCGUGCGGACUUGAAAGAGUUGGUAGAAUUGGACUUGGGUGGUGCACCGUACGGGUACACGCCGUUCUGCGACAGUAGACGAGAGAUGGAAGGAUUUAGGUUCUGGAAGCAAGGCUACUGGCGCAACCACCUGCAGGGGCGCAGCUACCACAUCAGCGCGCUGUACGUGGUGGACCUCAAGCGCUUCCGCCGCAUCGCCGCCGGGGACCGGCUCCGCGGGCAGUACCAGGCGCUCAGCCAGGACCCCAACAGCUUGUCCAACUUAGAUCAAGAUUUGCCGAACAACAUGAUCCAUCAAGUAGCCAUUAAGUCUCUGCCUCAAGAGUGGCUGUGGUGUGAGACUUGGUGCGACAACGACUCUAAGGCUUAUGCCAAGACUAUUGAUUUGUGCAAUAAUCCGAUGACGAAAGAAGCGAAGUUGUCAGCGGCUAUGCGCAUAGUCCCCGAGUGGAGCAAGUACGACGACGAGAUAAAGGGACUGCAGGCGCGCGUGAGACGCGGGCUGUACCAGGCCGCCGACCAUGAACAGGAAAUCGAAAGCACUGAUCAUCAAGAAAGUAGUACGGGUAGUCAGUCAAAACACGAGGAGCACUCUGAGUUAUGAUGAACUAAAGUGUUGUUAUAAUUAGUUUAUUCCAAUUUGUUGAAUGCUGAUUCGAGUGAAUGUGUAAGUAGAAAUGCUCACUUUUCUGUACAGUUCAGCGUUUAAAGUAGCUUGAACUAUUCAAUUAUUACUUGUAUUCUUAUUAUAUAGGUAUAUAUUUCCACAUAAUUGUAACAAACUAUGUAUGUAAUUGAUUUGAAACAAAAACAUUGGAAGUUCCUUUUAUGAUUUUAUUGAUUAAAAUAAGUCGAAUCGAUCUUUAUAACCACCAAAAUAUUUUUAUAAAACGGUAAUGUAGAACAAGUGUACUAAAUUACGUCUUCAUUUAUAUUAAACUGCGAAUUUAAUUUGCGAUGCCAUAUUGUAAUAUUCGUAACGGAAAUUGUUUAAAAUUAUUAUAUUUCAACUGUAAAAACUCGUAACGAAUUACCUAUAUAUAGCUGACCUAUGCUGUUUUGUCCCAUCUACCACUUUCUUAAACUAUGUUUUUACCACCAGAUAUUAAAAAUAAGUAAAAAUGAUGUGAUUUUUAGUUAAUAAGUGCAGGGAUUUUGUUUAUGUUAAAGUCACUAAGUUUGCAAAAGUUUAUUUUUCUAUCACCAGUGACAGAUUCCAAAAUUCGGUAUAGUUAGUGAUGAAAACUACUGUGUUAAUGUAUAAGGUAAAUUAAUAUAGCAGUCUCGAGAUCUCACAAGUUAGUGAAUUGUGUAUGGGUACAGUGGAUUUCUGAAGAUUGGUCAUAGUAAAUUUCUUAUUCCCAGUUUUGCUCAGUCUAUGUUUUGGUAAUUGACAUUGCUAAACAGUGUUGUAAAUAAACAACUUGUGUCACAUUAA